AUGUCCUUCAAGCGCAUAGCACGAGACUGGAACGCCAAUAUGCGCAUGGUAGUCGACGUGCCGUACGACUUCGUCAAAAAGCAAAUCGCAAAGCAGUCUAAUCGACGAUCAUAUGUCUCUUCGCUUAUCAAGCAACAUGAUGGCGAUGUGGAUGAAGAGACCGAGGCCGCCAUUAAGCAAACCGCCGCUGUCAUGUACGCUGGAGGCGCUGAUACCACAGUCUCAUCCAUCCGUGGUUUUGUACUGGCUAUGUUGCUGUUCCCAGAGGUUCAGAGGAAGGCACAACAAGAGAUAGAUUCCGUUGUCGGUUCCGAUAGACUUCCCCAAUUCGACGAUCGGGAUAAUCUUCCUUACGUCGAUGCCUUGAUCAAGGAAACACUCCGAUGGAUCCCGGUAACCGCAAUGGGAGUAGUUCAUACAGCUGACGAGGAUAUUCACUAUAAGGAUUUCGUCAUCCCCAAGGGAGCAUCCUUCCUGCCAGCGACAUGGUGGUUCCUCCAUGAUCCAGCGAUCUAUUCAGACCCAUCUUCCUUCGAACCGGACAGAUAUCUGGAACCACGAAAUGAACCGCAUCCCAACUUUGCCUCAUUUGGUUUCGGUCGCAGAGUUUGUCCCGGCCGGUUCCUCGCCGAUGAGAGCCUGUUCAUCAGUAUUUCACGCCUCUUGUCGACGUUCGAUAUAAAAAAGGCUGUUGAUGGGCGUGGCAAUGAGAUUGAACCUCAGAUAAGUAUCACGCCGGGCAUGAUUUCUCAUAUUCGUGACUUCCCAUAUGACAUCAAGCCGAGGAGCGAGAAGUAUGCGGAUAUGAUUAGACAGGUUGAGGUUGAACAUCCAUGGGAGCAAGCCGAUGCUAAGUUUCUGGGCGAGGACCUGUCUAUGCAGUCGGCCAAAGUUUGA